AUGUUGAAAGCAAUCAUGCCAGUUGUUGUUUUCAUUCUUGGUGUAAUAGCUGGACUUGAAAUGAUGAGCUGCGGGAUGCUUCUGAUAAUGCCAGUGGUGCCAUCGUGUGAGAAGAAAAUCGGCUUAAAGGGUGGCUUAUUUGCAUGGACAAAGUUUUUGGAAGCCAAGGAAUGUGCGGAAUCGAGUCAAUCUAUACAUGAUAAAAUCUUCGACUGGGACAAUUCAGCGGGUAAAGAGGCAUUCCACAACGCGAAAAACCGGUUUUAUGCUCAAAAGAAUGGCCUUUCCUAUCCCAAUCCUGUGCCAAAUCCUGAUAUGUACAUAGUUGAGAUAGAUUGGGAUGCAAAAGUAGAUCCCGAGCUCCAGUACUCGAGGUCGGUUUCAAACACGGAUGAAGAUGAAGAUGAAGACGAUGGAAAAGCAAAGAUACCAGAUUGGUAUCACAUACGUAUUGAAGAUAUCAAGCCUACUGGAUGGGACAUUGAUAUUUCCCAAGAAUUUUCAGGAGUGAUGACUGGAAUUUGUAAUGAGAUUUUUGUGAUUAUAGCAAAUAGAUGGAAUCAGGCCAUUUACAAUGCAUCUGUGUAUUACUGGCCUGGUGCUGCAAAGUACAUGAUCUAUCAACUACAACAAGAAGAGGAUGGGAGGAAACAGCACAAGGGAGCUAUGAAAAUAACCAUCAUGAAAAGAGCUUUAAAAGCAUCUGGUCAAACUGAUCUUUCUGGCAAUGCAUCGAGGGACAUCCUGUUAAUGCACAAACUUGGUGAGACGAUAUCUCCAAUGAAGGAGGACUUUAUCAUGGUUCACUUGCAACAUGCAUGCUCGCACUGCUGCACUCUAAUGGUAUCUGGAAAUAGUUGGGCUUGCAAACAGUGCAAAAACUUUCAGCUUUGCAACAACCUUUCUCCCUUCUCCCUUACCAACAAGACUCAUUUUGCCCAUCCUUCCUCAACCUCCCUCCUGAUAUAUAUCUUCUGUCAUCCCAAUUGGUGUCAUGUUUGCUAUGACUUUUUGGCUUGGAAACACUGCUUACCUCUCUAUAUAUUUGUUGCAUUUGCUCAAAUGUUGAAAGCAAUCAUGCCAGUUGUUGUUUUCAUUCUUGGUGUAAUAGCUGGACUUGAAAUGAUGAGCUGCGGGAUGCUUCUGAUAAUGUCAGUGAUUAGUUUUGGUGUACUGGUAGCUUCAUACGGGGAAGUAAAUAUUAUCCGGGUCGGUGUUUUUUACCAAAUGAGAGGUGUUGUUGGAGAAGCUUCGAAGCUAAUAUUUUUGGAGAUUUUGGUGAAAAUGAAGGGUCUCAAACUAAAUCUCAUAUCCGUGAUAUACUACAUUAGCCCCUGCAGGCAUACGGCAUUUUUUUGUACCCAAUGGCUCAUUCUCCAGCUCAUUCCUGAUGCCCUGGCUGUUCCCAUUUUCAAAAUGACUGAUCAUAGGGUGUUGAUUUUUGGAUCAUUUACAGAAGACGAGUUAAGAUCCUUGCAAUGCGAGCCAUCACAGAAUAAUACAGAAAUCUUAUUUGGCUCUUUGGAUCCAGCAACUUUACGAUCCGUGGGCAUUUCAAAUACUAGUUUGACUGAGAUUUAUUCCCCUAAAGGGUAUGAGCUGUUAAGGCCAGCUCGAAUAGAAAAUACUUUUAGGAUCCCUAGAAAUGCUGAAAAAUCAUCACACUUGGAAGUUCCUUUUGUGCAGAAAAAUGGGUGCGCCAAUGAUAGAAGUCCAAUUGAGGGUUAUAUGACAAAAGAACUAAAACCUGCGUGUUUAAAUUCGAAUAAUUCUUGUGACUUGUCAAACGACUCAAACCAACAGAAAAGUAUACAGCAGCUCAGUUGUGAGAGAGCUACUAAAUUGUCAUCCUCCUUGGAUGAUGUAGUUUUGGAUGAUUCAACAGAAGGUUUUGACAUAGUGGAUUCGAACAAAAGUAUUACCCAGGCAUCAAAUGGGCCAAAUUCAAUUGCUAAAAGUUUUCUACCUCGAGGUUUAGUCAACCUGGGGAAUCUAUGCUUUCUCAAUGCAACUGUCCAGGCCCUUCUCUCUUGUUCUCCGUUCUUUGAACUUUUGCAUGAUAUAAGAAAUCAUAAUAUACCAAAGAUUGGAUAUCCAACAUUAUGUGCAUUUGUUGAAUUUAUCUCUCACUUCGACGUGCACAAUGAUUCAAGCUCCAAGAGGAAUGAGAAAACUAUCCUGGAGACUGGACAGCCAUUUCGUCCUGUCAUGUUUGAAUCCAUUCUGAAAAGUUUCACUCCAGAUGUUCCAGAUAUCCUGUCUGGCAGGCCAAGGCAAGAAGAUGCUCAGGAGUUCCUAAGUUUUGUAAUGCAUCAAAUGCAUGAUGAAUUGCUAAAACUUGAUGGUCAAGUUCCAGAAGGAAAAGGAAAAGCAACCUCCUUGGUUUCUUCUACUGAUGAGGGUGGAAAUGAUGAUUGGGAGAUGGUUGGCCCGAGGAACAAAACUGCAAUCACAAGAAGACAGACUUUCAUCCCUUCAAAAUUAAGUGAAAUUUUUGGGGGUCAAUUGAGAAGUGUCGUGAAGGCAAGAGGUAGCAAAGCAUCAGCUACUAUACAGCCAUUUCUUUUGCUCCACCUUAAUAUUUUUCCCGAGCCUGUGCGUACAAUAGAAGAUGCACUUCAAUUGUUUUCUGCACCAGAAACACUGGAAGGGUACCGAGCAUCAGCAGCUGGGAAGUAUAUGGACCUUCAUAGUUGCAGUGAUAAUGCUUAUGAUUCAAAGGGAAAUCUUAUUUAUUUUCUUUUUGACGAGAAGAAACAAUUAUACAAUGAAAAUGUACCUGUGCAUUUCCCGUUGGAGCUUGUUCUUGGUCGUGAAUUGCUUGUCUCUCCGUCCUCUGAGGGUAGAAGAUAUGAACUUGUUGCAACGAUCACUCAUCAUGGACAGGACCCUUCGAAGGGACACUACACUGCGGAUGCACGCCAUCCAAGUGGCAAGUGGCUGCAUUAUGACGAUUCCUCUGUUUCACCUAUUCGUGAGAGUAAGGGAGUAGGAACAGCUGCAGCAAUGGAAUUAUUGAAGAUUGGUGCGUACGGACGAUUUAAAAGCCCAUUGGAUCUGUCUAUGGAUUGA